AUGACCAAAGUGGAGCUGGAGGCCACGGUGGAGAGGAUGACAGGUGAGAUCAACUUCCUGAAGGCCCUCUACAAGUGGGAGCUGUCCCAGAUGCAGUCAGACACCAGCAACAUGUCUGUGGUUCUUUCCAUGGACAACAACCACUGCCUGGACCUGGGCAACAUCAUUGCCAAGGUCCGUGCCCAGUACAAUGAGAUUGCCCAGAGGAGCAAGGCUGAGGCCGAGGCACUUUUCUGGACACAGCUGGGGGAGCUGCAGACCAUGGCCAACAGGCAUGGGGAUGACCUGAGGAACACCAAGAGUGAGAUCAUGGAGCUCAACAGGAUGAUCCAGAGGCUGUGGGUGGAGAUCGAGAGCAUCGAGAAGCAGAACGCCAAGCUGCAGACGACCAUCGCUGAUGCAGAGCAGUGCCGGGAGGUGGCCCUCAAGGACACUAAUGCCAGGCUUCAGGAUAUCAAGUAUGGACUGCAGCAGGCCAAAGAGGACAUGGCCUUGCUGCUUUGCACAUACCAGGUGCUGAUGAAUGUCAAGCUGGCCCUGGACGUGGAGAUCACCACCUACUGGACCCUCCUGGAGGGCGAGGAGUGCAGGGUGUCUGGGAGGUACCAGAGUUCCGUGAGCCUCGCCUGUCCUCCCCACGCCUUGCCGGAUCUCCGCGGGGCGUCACCCUGGGGAAGACCUGCGGCCCGAGACUGUGGGAGGGGCUGGCGUGCGGAGCAGACACUGCCAGGCUCCCUGACGCCGACUUUCUUUGCAGAGAUGGUCCACAGCAGCAGCGGUGGCGGCUGCGCCCUGGGAGGAGGAGCCGGAGCUGGGGCCUGCGGAGGUAGCGGGGGCUGCAGCGGCUGGGAAUUGGACUGGAGCUCCGCGGGGCGCGGGGGCUUCUCUGGUUCCGGGACUUCUGCGCCGCCAGCCCGGGUGGCGGCGGCGGCAGCAGCAGUGCGGCCAGCAUCUCACAAAACUCCUCCCAGAGCCGGCGGUCCCGCCACAAGUUCUGAACCCGGCGCCAGAGGCGUCCUCAGACCAGCCUCCUUCGCCCUCGGCAGGCCCCGCUCUGAGCUCCCGCGCACCCCCGCGGGGCCCCUUCCCUCCACUGCUUCUGACCUGUGCCCCGGAGCCCCACAUUCCUAG